ACAGGGGAGAGCAGUGUCUGGAGGGGAGAGGGAGGGUAGAACUGCAGCUUUUGCCUCUCUGCGCAUCCUGCAGCCCAGAACAAGUAGGAAUUCACACAAAAAAGCAAAAAUCCCAGUGGGUCUCAUGUCUGUCUGUGGGAGAGGCAGGAAAGGGGCGGAAAGGAAAUAUUAAAAAAAAAGCAAAGAAGGAGCCUUGGCUUGUGUGAGAUGAUGAGAACUGCUACGUCACUGGGCUGAGUGCAGGGCAAUGGCUGGCAGUGUGUGAUCAGCAGUGAGCAAGGUUACUGGGACGCUCUCUCUCCCUGCAGCAGCACCCACAGCAGCACCCGCAGCAGCACCCGCAGCAGCACCCACAGCAGCACCAUGUCUGCUAAGGACAUCCAGGCAGCAGAGAGGAUUUCCACCUCCGCGUGCUCCUCUCCGGCCAGAGGUUUGGGUGACCCAGGGAUUACGCCUCUUUCUCCGUCACACAUAACAUCGAAAGACUCUGACUCCAACGAGGCCGAGGAGAAGACCUUCUCCAUAGUCGUUGCCAUUGAUUUUGGCACCACGUCCAGUGGCUACGCCUACAGCUUCGCAAAGGAGCCCGAAUGUAUUCACAUAAUGAGGCGCUGGGAAGGGGGAGAUCCUGGAGUUUCCAACCAGAAGACCCCCACCACCAUGUUACUGAUGCCGGAUAGGAAGUUCCACAGUUUUGGCUUUGCAGCUCGGGAUUUUUACCAUGACCUGGACCCGAGUGAAUCCAAACACUGGCUGUAUUUUGAGAAGUUUAAGAUGAAGUUGCACAGCAGCACCGAUCUCACCAUGGAGACAGAACUCACGGCUGCCAAUGGCAAGAGGGUUAAAGCACUAGAGAUAUUUGCCUAUGCGCUCCAGUACUUUAGGGAACAGGCUCUGAAGGAGCUCAGUGACCAGGCUGGUACCGAAAUGGAUAAUUCCGAGGUGAGAUGGGUAAUCACUGUCCCUGCCAUCUGGAAACAGCCGGCCAAGCAGUUCAUGAGGCAGGCGGCCUACAAGGCUGGAAUGGCCUCACCUGAGAGCCCAGAUCAGCUGAUUAUUGCCCUAGAACCAGAAGGGGCCUCUAUUUACUGCAGGAAACUCCGCCUCCACCAGAUGAUUGACUUGAGCAACAAAGCGGCUAUUAACGGCAUCAGCCCGACAGACCCAGCCAAGGACCAUGUCCGUCGGAACCGCCAGAGUCGCACUUUCUUGGUGGAGAAUGUUAUCGGGGAGCUAUGGUCUGAGCUGGAGGAAGGAGAUCGAUAUGUCGUGGUUGACUGUGGAGGAGGAACAGUAGACCUGACAGUUCAUCAGAUCAGGUUGCCAGAGGGUCAUUUGAAAGAACUUUACAAAGCAUCCGGGGGACCAUAUGGAUCUCUUGGUGUUGACUAUGAGUUUGAGAAGCUUCUAUGCAAAAUAUUCGGAGAUGAUUUCAUUGACACGUUCAAAGUGAAGCGUCCGGCGGCCUGGGUCGACUUAAUGAUCGCCUUCGAGUCGCGCAAGAGAGCAGCCACCCCAGACAGAACCAACCCCUUAAACAUCACGUUGCCGUUUUCCUUCAUUGAUUACUACAAAAAAUUCCGGGGUCACAGCGUGGAACACGCCUUGCGCAAGAGCAAUGUGGACUUUGUGAAGUGGUCCUCCCAGGGGAUGUUACGGAUGAAUCCAGACGCAAUGAACGCUCUAUUCAAGUCCACCAUUGACCACAUAAUUGAACAUUUAACAAAUCUUUUCCAAAAGCCAGAGGUCACUGGAGUAAAAUUCCUUUUCUUGGUGGGUGGAUUUGCCGAGUCCCCUUUGCUCCAGCAGGCCGUCCAGCGAGCGUUUGGUGAUCAAUGCCGCGUUAUUAUCCCACAUGAUGUUGGAUUAACGAUCCUUAAAGGAGCCGUGUUAUUUGGGUUGGAUCCGGCUCUGAUCAAGGUCCGACGUUCCCCCCUGACCUAUGGAGUAGGAGUUUUAAAUCGCUACGUGGAAGGCAAACACCCACCUGAAAAGUUGCUUCUGAAAGAUGGCACCCGGUGGUGCACCGACGUCUUCGAUAAAUUCAUUCUCUCCGACCAAUCGGUGGCCCUGGGGGAGACGGUGAAACGCAGCUACACGCCGGCCAAACAAUCCCAGCUUGUCAUCAUCAUUAAUAUCUACAGCUCAGAGCAGGAUGACGUUCAUUUCAUCACUGAUUCUGGAGUCAGAAAGUGCGGAACCUUGAGGCUGGAUCUGACCGGCGUGGAAAAAACCCCCGUUCCGAGCCGCAGGGAGAUACAGACCGUUAUGCAGUUUGGGGACACUGAGGUUAAAGCAACGGCAAUAGAUGUAGCAACUUCUAAAAAUGUGAAAGUCAGCAUUGAUUUCCUCAAUUAGAAGUUCCUCCAGCUCUCCCUAAUUCUCCUGUAUUUCAUUUGCUCUAUCCCCUCCCAUUACGCUAACUCAGCUCUGGGACCUGGAGUCCUGUCCUGUUUUAUUGAGCCAUAAGCUGUACAUUGUAGUGUCAGUAUAGGGCCGAUACCUAAAAGAAAAUGUAACCUUCACUUACAUCAAAUCCAAUGAGCUCACCUAAAAAAAGUGGAACUUGCACGUGUAAAUUCCUUGAUCUUUAUUACAAAUGUGAUCCAAAGAAAUCUUAGUCCAAAAAAAAAAUUCUUCCAGGGAAAACUGAAUUCCUUCUUUAAGUGUGAAAGUGAUUUCCGCCAUCAAAAUUCUCCAGUAUUUUCCUGUAUCUCAUUAGCUCUAACGACCAGCCCAAUAGACGAGCCAACCGAUAUCCAAGUCUUCUGCCGAUCAGUUGGCUUGUCUCCCACCUUACACCCCGAAUAUCAUACGGAAAUUUGUUUCAUACGAUAUUGUCGGUGCGUCUAUGGCCACCAUUACUCCGUUUUGGGACUCUGUCCUGUACAUUGCAGUGCCAGUUUAUGGUCAAGUUCAAAGUGGGAAGCUCUCGGCCCCAAUCCUUAAUUAUGUGUCUUGUACACAAGAAAUGUAGUUGGUCAACAGAAUGUUCAUCUGGAAGCUUACAAACGCAGGUUCACAUUGAAUUGAUCUUCAUUUGAAAUUUCUCAAAAAAUUGUUGGAAACAAAUUCAGUUACCUAAUGCCUAGUUUCAUGAGUGGUAUCAAACUUUAAGGGGCAGAUUUAUCAAAGGUUGAAUAGUCAAUUCGAAUUUGAAAUUGAGAGUUUAAAAAUUCACAC